AGUGACAUCAGUGAGGUCUGAAGAAGAAGAAGAAGAAGAAGAAGAAGAAGAAAAAGUCUCCAGUCGCGCUGCGAGGGAAGGAACUGCGGCGCCGAAGGUUUCCGUCGCUGUUCGGGGACUUUUCUUUUCUUUUCUUUAUUUAAAGUGUGGGAGACAAACUGUCCGAAGCUGCGCGUGAAACUUUCUACUUUGUUCGCUGCAGCGCUGAAGAGGAUGUCAACUUCUGACGAGACGGACGGGCUGCGGCCGAGAUAUGGCUCCGUGCUGGAUGGCGUGGAGCGGCUCACGGCGGAGGAGAUGGACGAGCAGCGGCAGCAGAACAUGGCCUACGAGUACCUGUGUCACCUGGAGGAGGCCAAGAGAUGGAUGGAGGCCUGUCUGGACGAGGAGUUGCCCCCCACCACCGAGCUGGAGGAGGGGCUGCGGAACGGCGUCUAUCUGGCCAAACUGGGCAACUUCUUCGCCCCGAGAACCGUCUCGCUGAAGAAGAUCUACGACCGCGAGCAGACGCGCUACAAGGCCACCGGUCUCCAUUUCAGACACACGGACAACGUCAUCCAGUGGCUCAACGCCAUGGCGGAGAAGGGACUGCCGAAGAUCUUCUACCCAGAAACCACCGACAUAUACGACAGAAAGAACAUGCCGCGCUGCAUCUACUGCAUACAUGCACUCAGCCUCUACCUGUUCAAGUUGGGCCUGGCGCCUCAGAUCCAGGAUCUGUACGGGAAGGUAGAUUUCACCGAGGAGGAGAUCAACAACAUGAAGAGUGAGCUGGAGAAGUAUGGGAUCCAGAUGCCCGCCUUCAGCAAGAUUGGCGGCAUCCUGGCCAAUGAGCUCUCUGUGGACGAAGCUGCACUACACGCCGCUGUGAUCGCCAUCAACGAGGCCAUCGACCAGGGCGUACCGGAGGGCACGGUGGCCGCCAUGCAGAACCCCAACGCCAUGCUGGUCCAGCUGGUCCCCGGCGCCGCCCGCCAGUACCACGACACGCUGUACCAGGCCAAGGGACAGAAGGUGGCCAACUCACGCAAACGGCAAAUGGAGAACGCCGACGCAGAGCGAGACAUCUACGACGAGCUCCUCACGCAGGCCGAGAUCCAGGGCAACGUGAACAACGUCAACGUGAGCAACGCCCUGAGCGCGGCCGAGCAGGCGCUGCUGAGCGGAGACGAGGACAAGCUGUACGACGCCCUCAAGGCCGUGGGGGUCCAGAACCUGCAGGUCCAGAACAAAGGCUGGUACCUCAAGCAGCUGCAGGCCGACCGGGAGGCCAAAGACCAGGCGUCUCCAGGAGAAGCUCUGACCCGGGACGAGUUGCAGAGCGGCGUGGCCUUGGCCAAUGGGAUCGCAGAAGGCUACCUGAAGAUGCUGAGGGCGGUGGAACGCAUCAACGCCGCUGUGAGGGCGGGCGUGCCGGAGCAGACGGUGCAGGAGCUGAUGAACCCUGAGGCCCAGCUGCCGGAGGUCUACCCCGGCGCCGCGGACCUCUACCAGAGGGAGCUGCUCAGCCUGCAGCAGCAAAGCCCGGAGGGCUCGCUGUCCCACCCCGAGCUGCUGGUCGCCGUGGAGAUGCUGUCGUCGGUGGUGCUGAUGAACCAGGCGAUGGAGGUCGGGGACCGCGGCGCGCUCUGGAAGCAGCUGGCGAGCGCCGUCACCGGGCUCAGUAACGUGGAGGACGAGUACGCCCAGAGGUACAUGGACGAGCUGAUGCGUCUCAAGGCGGCCGCCAGAGAGGAGGGAGGCGACUUCCUCACCUGGAACGACAUCCAGGCCUGCGUCGACCAGGUCAACGCCAGCGUGCAGGAGGAGCACGAACGCAUCGCUGCCAUCGGACUGAUCAACGAGGCGCUGGACGAGGGGGAUCCCGCCAAGACCCUGUCCAUGCUGCAGAGUCCCUCGGCCAAGCUCACCGACGUGGACCCGUCCGUGGCUCAGCACUACCACGACAAGCUGCUGGAGGCCCGGCGAGAGAAAGCUCACGAGACCCAGGACCCCUCUGCUGUGCUGUGGUUGGAUGAGAUCCAGGACGCCGUUCUGAGGGCCAACCAGGACACCCAGGAGGCCUUACAGUUCUCGCAGUCCAUCCAGGCCGUCAACCAGGCGGUGGACAGCGGCGAGUCGGCUCAGACCUUGGCGGCGUUGAGGAACCCGGGGGCGGGACUCUACGGCGUGACCUCGGAGUGCGCCCAGACCUACCAGGACGACCUCUGGAGGGUCAAAGGCGACAAGAAGGCCGAAGGCGACAACGGCAGCGAGUGGGUGAAGCACUGGGUGAAGGGGGGACACAACUACUACUACAACCUGCAGAGCAAAGAGGGCACGUGGGUGGAGCCUGAGGACUUCCUGCAGAACAGCUCGCACCUCAACAAGGAGGACAUCCAGUCGGUGGUUUCCGGGGUAACCACGGCCUACAAUCGAGAGCAGCUGUGGCGGGCCAACGAGUCUCUCAUCGCCCGGCUGCAGGCCCGUUGCCGAGGCUACCUGGUGCGGAACGGCAUCAAGGAGCGGCUGAGCUUCCUGAAGUCCCAGGACCCCGCUGUCACGCGCAUACAGGCCCACUGGAAAGGCCACAAACAGAGGAAGAAGUUUAAGGACCGCAAACAGUAUCUGCAGGACCACAGCGCCGAGGCCGUCAAGAUCCAGUCCAUGGUCCGGAUGCACCAAGCUCGCAAGAAGUACAGGGAUCGUCUGAAGUACUUCCAGGAUCACAUCAACCAGGUGGUGAAGAUCCAGGCCUUCAUCAGAGCCAACAAGGCCCGAGACGACUACAAGACGCUGAUCAGCGCCGAGGACCCGCCCAUGGCGGUGGUGAGGAAGUUUGUGCACCUGCUGGACCACAGCGACCAGGACUUCCAGGAGGAGCUGGAGCUGAUGCGUCUCCGAGAGGAGGUGGUCACCAACAUCCGGUCCAACCAGCAGCUGGAGAACGACCUGAACCUGAUGGACAUCAAGAUCGGCCUGCUGGUGAAGAACAAGAUCACGCUGCAGGAGGUGGUGUCCCACAGCAAGAAGCUGACCAAGAAGAACAAGGGCCAGCUUUCCGACAUGAUGAUGAUGAACAAGCAGAGGGGGGGGCUGAAGGCCCUCAGCAAGGAGAAGAGGCUCAAGCUAGAGGCCUACCAGUACCUCUUUUACCUGCUGCAGACCAACCCCACCUACCUCGCCAAGCUGAUCUUCCAGAUGCCGCAGAACCGGUCCACCAAGUUCAUGGACUCUGUGAUCUUCACCCUCUACAACUACGCCUCCAACCAGAGGGAGGAGUAUCUGCUGACCAAGCUCUUCAAGACCGCCCUGCAGGAGGAGAUCAAGUCAAAGGUCGACCAGAUGAAGGAGAUCGUCACGGGCAACCCCACCAUCAUCAAGAUGGUGGUGAGCUUCCACCGGGGGGCGCGGGGGCAGAACGCGCUGCGGCAGAUCCUGGCGCCGGUCGUCAAGGAGAUCAUGGACGACAAAGCCCUGAACAUCAAGACCGACCCGGUGGACAUCUACAAGAGCUGGGUCAACCAGAUGGAGACGCAGACCGGGGAGGCCAGCAAGCUGCCCUACGACGUGACCCCGGAGCAGGCCAUGGCCCACGAGGAGGUGAGGACGAGGCUGGAGGCCUCCAUCAAGACCAUGAAGAGCAUCACCGACAAGUUCCUGUCCGCCAUCAUCGUCUCUGUGGAUAAAAUACCAUACGGGAUGCGCUUUGUCUCCAAAGUGCUGAAGGACACGCUGCAUGAGAAGUUCCCAGAUGCUACGGAGGACGAGCUGCUCAAGAUCGUGGGCAACCUGCUGUAUUACCGCUACAUGAACCCGGCCAUCGUGGCGCCCGACGCCUUCGACAUCAUCGAGGUGUCGGCGGGCGGCCAGCUGACCACGGAGCAGCGGCGGAACCUGGGCUCCAUCGCCAAGAUGCUGCAGCACGCCGCCUCCAACAAGAUGUUCCUGGGGGACAACGCCCACCUCAAUCCCAUCAACGAGUAUCUCAGCGCCUCCUACCAGAAGUUCAGGCGCUUCUUCCUGUCGGCGUGUGACGUUCCCUCGCUGGAGGACAAGUUCAACGUGGAUCAAUACUCCGACCUGGUCAACGUCACCAAGCCGGUCAUCUACAUCUCCAUCGGAGAGAUCAUCAACACCCACACGCUGCUGCUGGACCACCAGGACGCCAUCGCGCCGGAGCACAACGACCCAAUCCACGAGCUGCUGGAGGACCUGGGGGAGGUUCCCACUGUGGAGUCCCUCAUCGGUGAAAACCCUCUUCCUCCAGACGACCCCAACAAGGAGCAGAUGGGGAAGACCGAAGUUUCUCUCACGCUCACCAACAAGUUCGACGUCCCGGGCGAAGCCAACGUGGAGAUGGACGCCCGCACGCUCCUCCUCAACACCAAGAGGCUCAUCGUGGACGUGAUCCGCUUCCAGCCCGGAGAGACGCUGACUGAGAUCCUGGACUCAAACCCGGGAGCCGAACAGGAGGCGGAGUACCAGCGGGCCAUGCAGAGGCGGGCCGUCAGGGACGCCAAGACGCCGGAGAAGAUGAAGCAGGCCAAGCCGGUGGUGGACGACAGCCUGACGCUGCAGGGCAAGAAGGACAAGAUCAAGAGCAACCUGCAGCGGCUGGCCGAGCUGGGGAAGGUCCACCCCGAGAACCGCUACCAGGACCUCAUCAACGACAUCGCCAAGGACAUCAGAAACCAGCGGCGGUACCGUCAGCGGCGGAAAGCCGAGCUGGUGAGGCUUCAGCAGACCAACGUGGCGCUGAACUCCAAGACCAACUUCUUCAACGUCCAGAUCGACUCGUACAACCAGUACAUCAAGACGUGCAUGGACAACCUGGCCAGCAAGGGCAAGUUGUCAAAGAAACCGGGCGACCACAAAGCCAAGAAGAGCAAGCAGGUUUCUCAGAAGUACACCGCGUCCCGCCUCCACGAGAAGGGCGUGCUGAUCGCCAUCGAGGACCUGCAGCCCAACCAGUUCAAGAAUGCCAUAUUUGAGAUUUCUCCGUCAGAGACGGUCGGCGUGUUUGAGGUGAAGGCAAAGUUCAUGGGCGUGCACCUGGAGACGCUGCAGCUGGAAUACCAGGAUCUCCUCCAGCUGCAGUACGAAGGCGUAGCGGUGAUGAAGCUGUUCGACCGGGCCACCAUCAACGUCAACCUGCUCAUCUUCCUGCUCAACAAGAAGUUUUAUGGGAAAUAGAAAAGGGAAAGAGGCAAUUUAAAAAAGGGCUACAGACACUGAUCCAAAAACUACAAAACUCAAUUUGUGAGUUGCAGAAAGAAAAAAAAAAAAGCCCUCACCUGAACCCCCCCCCCCCUGCACUUCUCCCCCUGCUUCUACAGCUGUAUGUGCAUUAUUUUUUAAUAAUAAUAAUUAUUCUGUAGAUCACCAUUUACGUGCUUUAACGGCCUGAGUCGUCGUCAGUUUAAGAUUUGUACGUUUUAUUUUGCUUUCGACUGUCAUGACGUCUCUUGUGCUUGAGCCUGGAUUCAUUAUAAAAGAAAAAGUAUGUUUUAUGUCCAGCGAUCCAGCUUUGUGUCUUAUUUCAUCUGCUCCGGCACUCAAGGACACGUGUCUUGUAUCGUGUUGACAUUUCCACGCGAGCGAUAAUGGAACGCACACUAGUCAGUCUUAUGUUCCCAAAUGCCACGACGUGAAUUACCGUGUGCACGUUUAUAUAUUUUAUAACGUCGGCCCUCAGCUCUGGUUAGAUUUUGAGAUUUAUCCAGAACUUCUUUAUUCUUCGUUUGUGUUCAAAGAAAUAGAUUUUCCAUGUUGUGUGAGAUCCUUCGAAUGUCAGCGCUCAAAACCGGUGAUUUCUUAAUUUGUGUAAUUGGUAUUUUUUAACAUUUUAAUACGACUCUCAAAAAAAGGCUCACAUUGAGCUGUUAAACCCAACUAAAAGAAAAUACAUGAACACACACACAUAUCUCUAGAUCUGAAUGAAUUAGUUUCAUGCUUAGAUCACAUCUCCCGGUGAGUUGGGCUCUGGUUUUAGUUUGUUGUAACCUGGACCAAGCUGCCUAUCAGUCACUUUUCCUGGAAAUGAUACUACUCUAUUUUUUUUAAUUUUACCUUCCAGAUUCUGUUCAGUACACAAACUUUGUGUGAAAAAAUAAGUUUCCAGCUGAUAUAUCACAAGUAGUCUUGACAUUUUAUUUUGAAUAAAGUUUUAACGAAGAGGAUUCAUAAUA